GUGCCGGUGCCCGGUGCCCGUUGCCCGGGGCGGUGCCGGGAGGGGCGGUGCGGGGUGUCCCGGUGUCCCGGGAUGCGGGCGCUGAGGGCGCUGCGGUUCCGUAGGUUCCACACCGGGCGGACGAUGGCGGCGGCGGCGACGGCGGCGGCUGCACCGGGAACGGCCCCGGGAGCGGCCCCGGGACACCGGAGCCCCGUGCUGAGCCUCGGUACCAUGAACCCCGCGAUCCGCAGGGUGGAAUACGCCGUGAGGGGCCCGAUCGUCACCCGCGCCCUUCAGCUCGAGAACGACCUACGGCAGGGUGUCCCCAAGCCCUUCUCCGAGGUGAUCAAGGCCAACAUCGGCGAUGCCCACGCCAUGGGACAGAAACCCAUCACCUUCCUCCGCCAGGUGACCGCACUCUGCCUCUACCCAGAGCUCCUCUCCCAACCCUCCAUCCCUGAGGAUGCCAAGAACCGCGCUCGACGCCUCCUCGACGCCUGCGCCGGGCACAGCGCCGGUGCCUACAGCGUCAGCCCCGGCAUUGAUCUGGUGCGGGAAGACGUGGCGCGUUUCCUCCAGCGCCGCGACGGCGUCGCCGCCGACCCCCAAAACAUCUUCCUCUCCACCGGUGCCAGCGAUGCCAUUGUGACCAUCCUGAAGCUCCUGGUUUCGGGUUCGGAGGGGACACGCACGGGGGUGAUGAUCCCCAUCCCUCAGUACCCCCUCUACUCAGCGGCCAUCGCCGAGCUCAGCGCCGUCCAACUCAACUACUACUUGGAUGAGGAGCACUGUUGGGCGCUGGACGUGGCCGAGCUGCGCCGAGCGUUGACCGAGGGACGACGGCAUUGCUGUCCCCGUGUCCUCUGCAUCAUCAACCCCGGAAACCCCACCGGACAGGUCCAGAGCCGUCAGUGCAUCGAGGAUGUCAUCAAGUUCGCCUUUGAGGAGAAGCUCUUCCUCAUGGCUGAUGAGGUCUACCAGGACAACGUCUACGCCAAGGGCUCGGCUUUCCACUCAUUCAAGAAGGUGCUGUUUGAGAUGGGGCCACCCUACUCGGAGGUGGUGGAGCUGGCCUCCUUCCACUCGGUCUCCAAGGGCUUCAUGGGAGAAUGCGGCUUCCGUGGUGGAUACGUGGAGGUGGUGAACAUGGACCCUGAAGUGAAGCAGCAGUUGGCCAAGCUGGUGUCCGUGCGUCUGUGCCCGCCCGUGCCCGGGCAGAUCCUGCUGGACACGGUCAUUAAUCCACCACAGCCUGGAGAACCCUCCUAUGAGCUCUUCAUGAAGGAGAAGCAGGAGGUGCUCAGCACCCUGGCGCACAAGGCCCACCUCACCCAGGAGAUCUUCAACCGCACACCCGGCAUCCGCUGCAACCCCGUGCAGGGCGCCAUGUACUCCUUCCCUCGCAUCGAGCUCCCACCCCGCGCCGUGGCCGCAGCCGAGGCGCAGGGUCAGGCCCCGGACAUGUUCUUCUGCAUCAAACUCCUGGAGGAGACCGGGAUCUGCGUGGUCCCCGGCAGCGGCUUCGGCCAACGCCAAGGCACCUUCCACUUCCGGAUGACCAUCCUGCCUCCCACCGAGAAGCUUCAGAUCCUCCUGGAGAAGCUCAGCACCUUCUACACCAAGUUCAUCAAGGAUUACUCCUAACGCCGACGUUCCUCCACCCUGGGACCUCUCAGUACCCACCACCCCACACUCCCCACCGGUCCCGGGUGCCGUGGGUGGGGUGGUCUUGGUGGUCUUCAAGUGCCUUCAACCUCUUUGUGCCUUCUCAAGAGGGGACACGAGGGUACCCAGUGUCCCGGGGCUGGUCCCCUCCCUGCUGUCCCCGUGUCUCUUGGUGGGGACGGCACCGGAAUGGUGGGAAGGGAUGGUGACCCCCUUGGAGACUCCUCCAAUAAAAGGAUAGUGACCAGCCAG